GAGGAAGGAGCAUUUGCGCCUUCCUGCCUGCGGGAUCUGCAGCCCCCCCGCCUUUGGAGAGGGGAACUCGGUGGUUGCCAUCAAUGUAGAGAGGAGUCCAGGCACUAGAAAGAAUAACACCUUUUUACCUCUAAAAUACCUUCCAUGAAAGUGUCAUUGUUUGCACUCAGAGUAAUGUCUUGGCUUUGCAGGACUUGGCUUCAGCUGUUUGGUGAGCCCCUGCCUUAAGAAAGAGGCUCCUUGGAUUACGGGCCAAAAAUGGAAGAGCAAGACUCAAGUGGUCCUGAAGCAGCAAGAGUCCCAGAGGCAGUUGGGGUUUGGCACACUGGAGAAAGAUUUGUGCAGAAGGUUCUGGGUGGAGACACCAUCAGGUCAGAUGUCCCAUGCUGGAAAUUCAAGCAGUUCUGCUACCAGGAGGCUGCAGGGCCCCGAGAAUUUUGCAGCCAGCUCCAUGAUCUUUACCAUCAGUGGCUGAAGCCAGAAAGUCACAUGAAAGCUCAGAUGCUAGACCAAAUGGUCCUAGAGCAGUUCCUGACUAUCCUGCCCCCAGAGAUGGAGAGCUGGGUCAGAGAAUGUAGAAAGCAAACCACUUCCCAAGCAGUGGCAGAAGGUUUCCUCCUGAGCCAGGCAGAGGACAAGAAGCAGGAAGAGCAGCAGGGGCAGCGACUGGCAGCAGAAAUGGUGGGUGAUUUCUCUGAGGCAGAGAAGUCUCCGUUGGACUCCAGAGAGAGAUUGCUCUUCAGGGGGAAGGGCCAGGAUUGUGACCGAGGUGCCCCCUCUCUGGGCAGCAAAAAGAUGCCGGUCCCUCAUUCCAGGCCUUCUCCUCUCUUUGAUGGAGGGGAUGCGGUUGCUGUGCCAUCACCAGAUCAGUGUCUAGUGACCUUUGAGGAGGUGGCUGUGCAUUUCACGGAGGAGGAGUGGGCACUGCUGGAUCCAGAGCAAAGGGCUCUGCACAGGGAAGUCAUGGAGGAGACUGCAGUGCAUCUGGCUUCACUGGAAGCACUUUUAGGUGCCACCUUCUGGCUGGAAGAAGAGGAAGGACCGCUUGCCAAGGGCUCUGAGGAAGGGGAGAGAUCAGCAGGUGAUGAGAGGGGGCAUGAGAGAAAGGGUGAAAGGGACAGGAGAAAAGUUGGAGGAAACCAGGAGUGGAGAAAGAGACCCAUUCCUUCCAAAAGGAGUGACUUGCAUGAAAUUCCAAUCCAAAAAGAACUUCACAAAAGGAAUACAAUCAGUCUACAUUCAGAAAUCUCAGCUGGUGAGCCAGGCCUUGGCACUUAUCAAAUCAACCACGUGGAAAAGACCCAGUAUAAAUGCUCAGAUUCUGAAAAGAGCUUCCGUCACAGUGGAAGCCUAAUUUCCCAUAAGAUAAUUCACAGAGGGAAUAAACCGUUUCAGUGCCCAGUGUGCGGAAAGAGUUUCAAAAGCACCACACACCUUUCUUCCCAUCAUAGAAGCCACACUGGAGAAAAACCAUAUCAAUGUUCCGAGUGUGGAAAGAGCUUCAGCAGCAACACAACCCUCAUUUGCCAUCAUAGAAUCCACACUGGUGAAAAACCAUAUCAGUGCUCAGAGUGUGGAAAAAGCUUCAGCCAGAGCUCACACCUUUCUUCUCAUAAAAGAAUGCACACAGGGGAGAAACCAUAUCAAUGUUCAAUAUGUGGAAAGAGCUUCAGCAACAACACAAGCCUUAUUUACCAUCAUAGAAGCCACACGGGUGAAAAACCAUAUCAGUGCUCAGUGUGUGGAAAGGGGUUCAGCAACAGCACACACCUUUCUUCCCAUCAAAGAAUCCACACAGGGGAGAAACCUUAUCAAUGUUCAACAUGUGGAAAGAGCUUCAGCAACAACACAAGCCUUAUUUACCAUCAUAGAAGCCACACAGGUGAAAAACCAUAUCAGUGCUCUACGUGUGGAAAGAGCUUCAGCCAUAGCUCACAUCUUACUGAACAUCAAAGAAUCCACACAGGGGAGAAACCAUAUAACUGCUCAGUGUGUGGAAAGGGUUUCAGCAGUAGCACAAACCUUACUUACCAUCAAAGAAUUCACACAGGGGAGAAACCAUAUCAGUGCUCUAUGUGUGGAAAGAGCUUCAGCCAGAGAGCACACCUUUCUUCCCAUCAAAAAAUCCACACAAGGGGGACACCAUAUCAAUGUUCAGUGGGUGUAAAGAACUUGAGCCAGAGCUCAAGCCCUACUUCACAUCAAAGAACCCACAAAGGGGAGACACCAUAUCAAUGCUCAUUAUGUGGGAAAAGCUUCAGCCAGAGCUCACACCUUUCUUCUCAUCUAAGAAUCCACACAGGGGAGAAACCAUAUCAGUGUUCAACAUGUGGAAAGAGCUUCAGCAACAACACAAGCCUUAUUUACCAUCAUAGAAGCCAUACUGGAGAAAAACCAUAUCAGUGCUCUGUGUGUGAAAAGAGCUUCAGCCAGAGCGCACACCUUUCUACUCAUCAAAGAAUUCACACAGGGGAGAAACCGUAUAAAUGUUCAGUGUGUGGAAAGAACUUCAGCCAGAGUGCACACCUUUCUUCCCAUCAAAGAACCCACACAGGGGAGAAACCACAUCAAUGCUCAGUGUGCGGAAAGACCUUCAGCUCUAACCGAAAUCUUAUUAAGCAUCAAAGCAUUCACACAAGGUAAAACGUAUUUAACUGCUCAUGAUGUGGAAAGACCUUUGUGAAGAACUUCAUAUCCAAUUACUCACAUACAGAGAAUAUCACCUAAAUCCCAAGGUGCUGAGACAACUUCAAGAUGUGAUCUCGGAACCACUGUCUACAGUUCUUUAGAACUCCCAGAGAACAGGUGGAAUGAGGUCGAAAGCUCCCAAUCUUGAUCUUUGAAAAAGGGGAGUAGGGAAACUUCAGGUUUAUCCGUUUGACAUUGCUACCUGGCAGGAUCCUGACUCUGCUUCUUCUAGCUAACCUCAACCUGUGCCUUAGCUAACUAGAGUCAGUGUCUCUCUGUCUCUUGUCUGUCUCUUGCUCUCAAAACCUACUUUUCUCACUCCUUGUCCCUUUUCUUUGCCUCACUCUGUUUUUCACUUAAUCCUUGUCACUGUUUCUUUGUUUCAAUUAUUACUCAUUAUUUAAAGGUUUCAUUAAAUUCAUUUACAGUUAUAAUGUCUCCUUGCUUUCUCUUUUGGGAUGUUGGUUCACCUCACACUACUUUUCCCCGAUCUCUUCUCUCACACUAAUUAUUCUUGGGCCCUGGUUACUCCUUAGUAAUUAAGAUGCAUUUAACUAGUGUGUUAGCUGAUUGCUUAGUUAACUGCUUAGUUAUUUAGUUAACUGCUUAGUUAUUGAAUACCUAGCCAAUUUUUAAUUUAUAUCUAAAUAAAUUUUAUGUAUUUGUUUAUAUCUUUGUAAACUGCUUUGGGAACGUUUGUCAAAGAGUGGUAUAUAAAUAUAUCAUAUUUGUAUAUUAGAUAAUCAAUUUUAUAUAAAGACUAGUAAUUUUUAGCCCGUUAUAAUAACGGGCGCUAGCCUUAAGGUGAAAAGAGAUUUAUUUAUGGCCCCGCCCCCUGAGUGCGGCCGCAAGCGGGCCCAGUCCUUUCCUGUUCGGCCGCCGCAGCUACCGCCACCUCUUGCUGAGGCCGCAGCCGCCAUCGGGGCUAGUCGCCCCGCCACCGCCUCACCCGGACUCUCGCCGGUGUCGCGGCCGCCGCCAUCGGGGCCAGUCGCCCCGCUGCGGCCACCGCUACCUUUGGCCAAGGCCGCGGCUCCGCCGCCGCCUCGGCCGCACUCUCCUCCUGCCAUUGGCGGCGGCCGCUUUUCCUCGGCCCGCCGCUUCUGCUCCUCCCGGCCCUCUCGCCGUAACGCCGGCGGCCGCCAUCGGAGCCAGUUGCUCCACCGUGGCUACCGCCUGGUCCAACAUGGCCGCCCGUCUCUGGGCGGCCGUAUCUUUUUCGCCCGAUCUGGGCAUGCGCUCUGCGCAUGCCCAGAACGGGCGAAAAAGACACGGGCGGCACGGCCGCACGCCCAAGGCUUUUAUGGUAGAGGAUAAUCCAUUAUGAGAGGAGACCUGGUCUUGUGGUAGCAAGCAUGACUUGUCCCCCUAGCUAAGCAGGGUCUGCCCUGGUUGCAUUUGAAUGGGAAACCACAUGUGAGCACUGUAAGAUAUCCCCCUCAGGGGAUGGAGCCGCUCUGGGAAGAGCAGAAGGUUCCAAGUUCCCUCUCUGGCAUCUCCAAGAUAGGGCUGAGAGAGAUUCCUGCCUGCAACCUUGGAGAAGCUGCUGCCAGUCUGUGUAGAUAAUACUGAGCUAGAUAGACCAAUGGUCUUGCUUGGUAUACAGCAGCUUCCUAUGUUCUAUGUUCCACACUGUUACAACAUAUUCAAGAACCUACUUUAGUUAUGAUAGCUUACAAUAAAGGCUAAGUUAUUUGUGCAUAGCCACUAUUAACUUCUAGAGUGUUUUAUGUAAUGUGAGAAUACUCACAUGAAUUCUUAAAUGCCAUGCCUCUUCAUUGUAAUCAAUAGAAUAUAUUUUUAUUUGGAUCCUUAAAUCUGUAGCUGUCUUUUCUCCUCGGGUCUGCUUGACCAAGCCUUGUGAUCCAAAUUUAGGGGUGCCAGAGUACUAUGCAUUUCAGGGGUAGGGAAGUCAACUGAAGAGUGGUUGAAGGAGCUGCAUUUAGCCUAAAGAACAGCAAGCUAAGAGGGAGAUAUGGGGAGUCUUCAAAUAAUUGAAAGACAAUCACAGAGGAGUAGCAGACCUCUUCUAUCUUGCUCCAGAGGGCAGAAUGGGAACCAGUGGGUUGAAAUAAAGAAGCAGAUUCAGGCUAGGUCCAAUUUCUAGACUCUGAGCUGUUCGACAGUGGGACAGUUGGCAUUCUGCAGCCAUGGCUUCAUGUGGUCAUGGUUUGUCCUUUUUUCCAAAUAAUUUCAAACAGAGGAUGAGCAGGGAAGCUGUAAGUUUCCUGAAUUGAGUGGCGUGCUGGAAUAGAAAACCUCUAAGGUCCUUCCAGCAGUUAAAAUUAUAUAAUUCUGUAUUAUGCCUCUUUGUCCAAUCAGACUUGAAAACAAAGAGAAAAUCUACACAGCAUAAAAGUCAUAUGCCUGUUCAAAAUGGGACAGAAGGGAAGCUUUUUUGUACUAUGGGCUACAUUUUUCAGAGGUCUAAGGAAAAGUAAUGGGGAGAAUACAUAGUGAAAAAAGAAAAGUUUGGUACUAAGAGUUCAGUAAUAAAUAAAUAAGAUGGUCAAAGAGUUGGCAGGGUUUGAAAAAGAAAACAUGCUUUAUUACAGAGGGGGUACAUUGAUGGAAAUGGAUAGACAGGAUCCCCCCCACCCAUCGCUUGAAAGAAAGUAGGUGUCUGGUGAGAUGAAUUAACCAAGUUAGUUUACAUUCUUUCUGUUUCUUUGUUUUAUAAUGUGUAAACUAAUAUGUUAUCUAGGAAAGAAAAGAGAAAAGUAUAUUAAGGAUCCUUGAAGUCAAAAUUGGAAAUAUGUUAGUGUCAAUUACAUGUCAAAAUGGUUUUAUUUAUUUAUUGUUAAAUUUAUAUACCGCCUUUCAUUAAAAACAAUCCCAAGGUGAUUAUAAUCCUUGUAACUCAUUUGUAAACUCAGUGUUGUGUAAAACAUUGUAUUAUAUUGUUGAUUGUUUGCCACAAUAAAAGGUUAACCUUAA